AUGAAGGCAUUAGAACUAGCAGCAGGCAAAAAGGCCACCAUAUAUACUGAUAGCCGAUAUGCGUUUGCUACAGCCCAUAUACAUGGGGCUAUUUAUCAGCAAAGGGGGCUAUUAACCUCGGCCAAAAAAGAAAUAAAAAACAAAGAUGAGAUUCUCCGCCUUCUCUCAGCAGUGCAAAACCCCAAAGAACUAGCUAUAGUGCACUGCCCAGGGCACCAAAAGGGAAAUGAUCCCGUGGCGGUCGGAAACAGAAGGGCAGAUGAGGAAGCUAAGUUGGCAGCUCUGACCGGAGUAACCAUGUUAACACUUUCCUCACCUGGGGAACAACAGUCAGGAGAUUUAACUGCGUCGGAGUACCCAGGCAAUUUAACACCUGAGGACACUGAAACUGAACUCCUUGACUCCACCGGGCCUAGCCUGCAAUUUCAAAAAGCCCUACACUAUGUUAAAGAUGUGCAUCAACUCACUCACCUUGGUUCAAAAAAACUACAGGCAUUCCUGAAGGACCAAGAGCAGAAAUUUCCACUGACCAGCACACAACGAAAAGAAAUAGCCAAACGGAUAAUAAGAGCCUGCCGGGUCUGUCAAUUGGUUAAUGCUUACCCUUCCAAGCUUCCUACAGGGAAGCGCCUACAAGGGACCAGACCAGGACAAUUCUGGGAAAUAGACUUUACUGAAAUUAAGCCAGCAAGACUUAAAGCUCUUGAAAAAACCCAGCAGUACCUGUGGAAACAGCUGGCUGCUUCCUGCCAACCUGGAGACGAAGGGACCCCACACCAAUACCAAGUGGGAGACUUCGUCUAUAUAAGACGACAUCAGGUGUCAUCCCUGGAGCCUCGCUGGAAAGGAACCUGGUGGGCAUGUGACUCAGGGUUAACUCCUUGCAUUUCAGCCCAGAUAUUUAACAACUCUGUAAAUUAUUGUGUAAUGGUACAAAUAUUUCCCAGAGUGCUCUAUCAUGACGCAAAUACAUUUGAAGAUCAAAUAAGGGGAUAUACCACCUGAUUCCGCCGGGAACCUGUGUCCCUCACUUUAGCCAUAUUAUUAGAAAUAGGAGUUGCUACAGGAGUGGGUACAGGAACCGCUGCCCUGGUCCAUGGGUCUCAACAAAUGGCCCAAUUACAAGCAGCAAUAGAUCAGGACUUAAAAACAUUAUAAACCUCCAUCACAGCCUUACAAGAGUCCCUAACCUCUCUCCCUAAAGUUGUUUUACAAAAUAGACGAGGGUUAGACCUCCUCUUCAUGAGGGAAGGGGGACUCUGUGCUGCCCUAAGGGAGAAAUGUUGCUUCUAUGCUGACCAUAGUGGGGUAGUCAAAGAAUCAAUGACUAAAUUAAGAAAACGCCUUGAGGAGCAACAACGAGAGAGAGAGGCUCAAAAAGGAUGGUUUGAGUCUUGGUUCACACAAUCCCCCUGGCUAACUACACUCUUAUCCGCCCUAGCUGGUCCUUUAAUAAUCCUCAUGUUAUUGUUAACUGUGGGACCCUGUUUACUCAACAGUGUGGUCUCCUUUCUCCAAGCUCAAAUUGGACAAGUUAAACUUAUGGUAAUAAGACAACAGUAUGUCCCUUUAGCAGACACAGAGUGUGAUACCCCUCAAUAAUCUGUCACUUCUAAGAUUAGAAGUACUCAGAAAAAGAAGUGGGGAAUAUAAAGGUUAAACUUAAGUUUUGCUCUCCUGUUAAGUUUAAGUUUUGCUUUUCUGUAAGUUUAAGUUCUGUUUUCCUGGAACCCGAAACUUAUGUUAAAAACAGUUACUUAUGUCAAAAUGUACCCUGACCCAACACCCCCUGACAAAACGCAUGAUUAUUCUUUUGUUGACUGUAAAAUUUUACUGGGAAUUCUAUUGCUACCUACAGAAUUUUAUUUUUUUGUUAUUUACUUAUUUUCUUUAGCUUCUUUUAAGAUUUUUUUUUUAAGUUUUAACAGUUUGAUUAUAAUCUCUUACAAGACAGUUUUAUUUGGAUUCAAUUAGAUGGGAAAUCUUUGAAUUUCCACUUCUUGGAGAUAUAUAUAUAGAACCAGUUUUGAAAAUUUUGCAGCACUUUUUAAAAAUAAUCUUUCUCUUCAUUUAAUAUUCUCUAUUCUCACUUAAAUACCAGUG